AUGCCUUGCCCAUCGAGAUCGGAUGAAUUGGUUUUCUUUGUGAAUGGGUGGAAGGUGAUCAAGAGGAAUGUGGACCCAGAAGUCACCCUGCUGACCUUCUUACGAAAGAACUUGCACCUGACAGGAACCAAGUAUGCCUGCAGAAGAGGAGGCUGUGGCCCCUGCACUGUGAUGUUGUCUAAGCGAGACCCCAUGUCCCAGGAGAUAAGACACUUCUCUGUCGCCGUGUGCCUGGUGCCCAUCUGCUCUCUGUGUGGGGCUGCUGUCACCACUGUGAACGGUGUUGGAAGCAUCAAAAUGAGGCUUCGCCCCGUGCAGGAGAGGAUUGCUGAGAGCCAUGGCACCCGGUGCAGGAUCUGCACCCCAGGGAUGGUGAUGUCCAUGUACACGCUGCUCAGGAGCCACCCGCAGCCUUCAGAGGAGCAGCUGCUGGCAGCCCUGGGGGUAGGUAAUCUAUGCCACUGCACUGGGUAUCGGCCAAUUCUUGCAAGUGGAGGGACCUUUUGUUUGGAGUCAAAUGGUUGUCAACAGAAAGGAACAGGAAAAUGCUGCCUGGGGGGAGAAAAAGAUUCUUCCUCACUCGACAGGAAAAGUGACAUUUGCAUGGAGCUAUUUGCAAAAGAGGAGUUCCAGCCCUUGGACCUUACCCAGGAGCUCAUAUUUCCCCCAGAACUCUUGAGAAUGGCAGAGAACCCAGAAAAACGAACCCUGGCCUUUCAUGGAAAGAGCAUCACCUGGAUCUCCCCUGGGACCCUCAAGGACCUCCUGGAGCUGAAAGCAAAACACCUGGAAGGCCCUCUCAUCCUGGGCAACAGCUCGCUGGGUGAACCUGCGUUGAAAUCUCAAGGAUAUUUUCACCCAGUUCUCCUCUCUCCUGCUAGGAUUUCUGAGCUGAUUAUGGUGUCUAAAACAAGUGAUGGACUGACAAUAGAUGCUGCCUGCAGUCUGGCCCAGGUCAAGGACAUCUUGGCUGAGAGGGUAUCUGAGUUCCUGGAGAAGACCCAGACAAACCAAGCAUUCCUGAAGCACCUGAAGAGCCUGGCAGGCAGGCAGAUCUGGAAUAUGGCCACCCUGGAGCCUGGCAAGGAGAUGGUGGCAGGAGAGUUGGGGGGUUGGAAACCACAUCAGAAAGAGGAAUGUGUCUUCAUCUGUAAAGGGGGGAUAAUUGCAUCAUCUCGCUGGGCUGUUGUGAGGAUUGAGCAAAUACGUGUGAAGGGGUUAGACAGCAGGUGGAACAUACCAAGUGCCGUGGAGUGGUACCAUCCAUUCCUCACCCGAUCCAAAGUCGCAGGGGGACACAUUAUAAGCCGGCAUUGCUGUUCAGAUCUGAAUCCAGUUCUGGCUGUGGGCAACACUACCCUCAAUCUGAUAUCAGAAGGUAAGAGGAAGAUUCCUCUAAGUGAACAUGUUCCUGCUGGGUUGGCGAGUGCAGACCUGGAGCCGGAGGGAAUUUCGGAGUCUGCGUAUAUUCCCCACUCUCAAAAGUGGGAAUCUGUGUCAGCCUUCCGACAGGCUCAGUGCCAGCAAAAUGCCUUGGCCCAUGUGAAUGCUGGCAGGCAAGUCCUCUUCAGAGAGGGCACAGACACCAUCGAGGACCUGAGCAUCGCCUACAGAGGGGUCGGGGCUGCCACAGUCAGUGCACAAAAAUCCUGCCAGCAGCUCCUAGGGACGCGCUGGGGUGAGCUGAUGCUGGAUGAGGCCUGCAGGCUGCUCCUGGACGAAGUCUCCCUCCCAGGCUGGGCUCCAGGUGGGAGGGUGGCAUUCAAGAGGACUCUGGUGGUCAGCUUCUUCUGCAAAUUCUACCUACAAGUUCUGCAGGAACAGAAGCUAACAGAACUGUUCUCUAACAGAUGCCGUUAUUCUGAAAUUUCAGACCGAUUCCUAAGUGCUGUAGAAGACUUCCCGGUCACAGUACCCCAGGGAGUCCAAAGGUACCAGAGUGUGGAUUCUAACCAACCCCUCCAAGAUCCAGUCGGAUGCCCCAUCAUGCACCUACCAGGCCUUAAACAUGCCACAGAUGAAGCCGUAUUUUGUGAUGCCAUCCCCAGGCUGGAUAAAGAACUUUCAAUGGCUUUGGUGACCAGUACCAAAGCCCAUGCAAAAAUCAUUACUUCUACCCAGAAUUUUCCACCUGAUUCAUGUAUGUACUUUCCACAGGUACUCUGGGUGGGCCAGAUCAUCUGUGCUGUGGUUGCAGAGACAGAUGUACAGGCAAAGCACGCAAAAGAUAAAGGUAACCUGGAAGAACUGGAGCCCAUAAUCUUUACCAUUGAGGAUGCCAUAAAACACAACUCAUUCCUGUGCCCUGAAAAAAAACUUGAACAAGGAAACAUUGAGGAGGCAUUUGAAAAAGUCGAUCAAAUUGUUGAAGGAGAAAUCCAUGUUGGAGGACAGGAACAGUUUUACAUGGAAACACAGCGAGUGCUUGUUAUUCCAAAGACAGAGGACAAAGAACUGGACAUUUAUGUGUCAACACAGGAUCCAGCCCACAUGCAGAAAACAGCGUCCUCUACUUUAAGUCCCAUCAACAGAAUCACCUGUCCUGUAAAACGAGUGGGUGGAGGUUUAGGCGGGAAGGUAGGAGGACCAGCUGUUGGGGCUAUUGCAGCUGUGGGCACGAUCAGAACUGGUCACCCCAUUCGUCUUGUUCUUGAUUGUGAAGAUGAUAUGUUAAUAACUGGGAGAAGACACCCAUUAUUUGGAAAAUAUAAAGUGGGAUUCAUGAACAAUGGGCGAAUCAAGGCUCUAGACAUUGGGUGCUUCAUUAAUAGAGGGUGCACACUGGAUGACUUGGAGCAGGUAGUAGAAUUUCUUAUACUGAAGCUGAAAAAUGCAUAUAAAAUCCCCAACCUCAGGUUCCAGGGCCAUGCAUGCCUGACAAAUUUACCAUCUGACGUGGCCUUUCAUGGAUUUGGCUUCCCACAAGGAACCCUGGUAACAGAAUCUGGCAUCACAGCUGUGGCAGCCAAAUGUGGCCUUCCGCCAGAAGAGAUUAGGGAGAAAAACAUGUACGGAACAGUUGAUAAAACCAUCUACAAACAAGCAUUCAGCCCUGAAACCCUGAUAAGAUGUUGGAAUGAAUGUCUGGACAUGUCUUCCUUUCACAACAGAAGAAUCAAUAAGAAGAAUUACUGGAAGAAGAGAGGCAUUGCUAUGAUCCCCAUGAAGUUCUAAGUCGGAUUUGCUGCAACAAGAUAUCAUCAGGUAAGUCUUGCAUUUCAUAUCUACACCGAUGGGUCUGUAUUGGUCACACAUGGAGUCAACGAACUGGGUCAAGGUAUUCACACCAAAAUGCUACAGGUGGCCAGCCGUGAAUUAAAAAUACCCAUGUCAUACAUGCACAUCUCUGAAACAAGUACAGCCAUGAUAUCUAAUACAAUUGCUACAGCAGCAUCCAUUGGCUCAGAUGUCAAUGGCAGAGCCGUGCAUAAUGCUUGUCAGAUUCUUCUGAAACACCUUGAGCCCAUCAUUAAGAAAAAUCCAGAAGGUACCUGCAAAGACUGGGUAAAAAUUGCUUUUGAACAAAGAAUCAGUCUUUCAGCCACUGGAUACUCCAGAUGCAGACACCCUGUGAGGUCUGGACCGAAACAGUUUGUUGGCUUCUCUCUUUUUGGCAUCCUAACUGCAGCACAAAGCAUAUCCUCUUUAAAAAUGGAGGCAAAUGUUAGUGUCGCUGGUCUGGGAGUGUCUAGGAUGUUCCUGGGGUCAUCGGUGUUCUUCACCAUCACUGAUGCUGUGGCAGCACACAGAGAAGGAGACAUAGCUGAGGACCUCACAGUGAAGAGCCCAGCGACCCCAGAAUGGGUUCGAAUGUCCUGUGCAGAUAGGUUCACAGAGAUGGCUGACGCUCAGCUGAUUGCACUGGCCACAGAAAGAAUUCCAAUCACCUGCUUUGGGCCAGUCCCUCCUCAGAUGGCCAAGACCAGGGAAUCAGCCCUCCUCCACUCUGGGAGCUCCUUCUCUGGGCUGAUUUUGGCCUGGAGAGCCAUGUCUGCCUAUUUCCAGCAGCACCAGAAUAGCUGGUCCCAGAAUGCCCAGUCACUGUUGUCAAGAUUAGAGCUACUCCCGACUGACCCCACAGAUGGAUGGGACACAAAGGCCAAAUGUCAGCAUGUCAGGUUUGAAGAGAUCAGACUGUUUCAACUGAAGCUGGCUGAGAACCCUUUGGCUCAUUACUACUGCAGCAGGAGCUGUUUCACUGAAACUGUGUCAAUUCAGCUGUCCACCUAUUCCAUUGGAAUAGGGGCUGUUCUAUGGGAACUGGCUGAGAAGUCUUCAGCCUGGCUCCUCAGGGAUCAAGUUGUUUCCUUAGAACUGACUGAUCUACCUAAUUCAGGCGAAGCUCAGCAAAGUGUUUUAACAAGUCCUCCAGAGGAUUCUGAUGAUCUCCAAGUUCCCACAACCAUCGUACUCAGGACGGAACUACCAAGACCACUGCAAGGAAGGCGGCCGCAGUCGGAGGGCCGAACUUCCUUCCGACCCCUAUCUGGCUUUUCCUCGCUCCUAAGAGGGGCAGUGCACAACCCCACCCAGCCAGCACCGCAGAGCAAUGUUGCCCCGCUUCGGACUUAG